UCCGCAGACGAGCAGUGGCAGCUCAUUAUUCGCAUAGGCUAGUUAGCUAGCUAGGACUUAAAACAUAAUUCCUCAUAUUUAACAAAAGUAAAAUAUUAAUUUGCGUAUCAGGGGCGGUGAUUUAUGCCCAGAAGCGAGGUUAGUGUUUGAAGAGGAUGUCAACCCCAGCCAGACGUCGUUUAAUGAGAGAUUUUAAACGUCUGCAGGAAGAUCCUCCAGCUGGUGUCAGUGGAGCUCCGUCGGAAAAUAAUAUCAUGGUGUGGAAUGCUGUCAUUUUUGGACCUGAAGGAACACCUUUUGAAGAUGGAACUUUCAAACUCACAAUUGAAUUCACAGAAGAAUAUCCAAACAAACCACCAACAGUACGAUUUGUUUCCAAAAUGUUUCAUCCUAAUGUGUACGCUGAUGGCAGCAUAUGCUUAGAUAUUCUUCAGAAUCGUUGGAGUCCAACUUAUGACGUCUCUUCAAUUUUAACUUCUAUACAGUCUUUAUUGGAUGAGCCCAACCCCAACAGCCCAGCCAAUAGCCAGGCAGCGCAGCUCUACCAGGAAAACAAGCGCGAAUAUGAGAAGAGAGUUUCUGCUAUAGUAGAACAGAGCUGGCGCGACUGUUGACCCACAUUUAGUUUUUGAAAGGAAGUGUGUCCAAUCCAUAAUCAAGAAUCCAUUGAUCAAGGAAAAUGGCGCUAAGAGCGACCCAUCAGAAAACAUUUGUUCCAUUAAUGUUGCUGAGUUUUGAUGCUAAUGUGUUGUAGCAUUCACGGCUGCAGCUGAAUGUUACUUUCGUUGGCCAAUAGCAUCUGUUUGUUCGAAGUUAAUGUAUCUUGUUAUAUCUGGGUUACUUUUUCCAUGCGCCAAGUCUUUACUCUCUUAAAAAAAAAAAAAACUAAAUGGUCAGUUUCUCAGUUAUCCCUUUUCUGAUAUAUUUUUUUUUUAAACUGGCCAAAAAAACAGUGAUGGUCAGUUUGAUGUGUGGUUUGCUAUGUAAACAAAAAGUUAUACAGAAAAAUCAAUUCAUGGGUGCUUCAUCGGUUCUUGGAAGACUUUUUUCCUCUUCUGUCUUUUGAAAAGCUUUCUGGUCAUAUCAUUGAAACUCAGCAAGAAAAUCAAUCAAUUCUAGCGUGGCAGAUGCCUUUUUUUCCUGAACUGUCUUUGUGAAGCCAUGCUGAGAUUUUUUAGAACACUAAAACUAGAGGUUUUGGUUUCUGUUGGUGUGAAAUAAAAUCUGCUCCACAUGCCAUCUUAGCAUUGAUGUUUCUACGCCAUUCUACUAUCUUAGAGCUCAGCUGACGAUGCUGUCGAACAGGAUGAAGUCUGAAAACUUUGCACUGGUAACCCAUGUAACAAACUGUACAUUUUCUUGUAAAUAAAAAAUAUACAUCAA